CUACUGUUGUCAAGGUGUGAUGAUUCAGUCACCUCGCUCUUAUUUACCAGACAGCAUGUCUCGUACUCACAGUUUUCUUCCUUUCUUCGUGCUGUUGCUGGUCUUUUCAACAGAAGGCGCUCUCUUUGGAUAUUAUAUGGCUCAUUGCCAGUUUACUUCCCCUGACGGCCACGAUGCCGUGUACGUGGAGCAGUUUUACUUUAAUAAGGUGUUAGAAUGUCAAUACAACAGCAGUGUGGGGAAAGUAGUUGGUUACACAAAGAACGGAAUAGAAUUUGCAGAUAAGCUCAACGGUGACAAGGACUUUAUGAAACAUGAGGUAUGGAAAUCAAACCUUUGCAAAAGAAAUGUCCAAAUGUUUUACGAUGGACUCCAGAAUUCAGUCGAGCCCUACGUUUGGCUGAGGUCUGUGGAUGCAGCAGACAGCAGACAUCCAAGCAUGCUCGUCUGCAGCGUGUACAACUUUUACCCAAAACAAAUCAAAUUGACGUGGCUCAGGGACGGAAAGCAGACAACAACCGAUGUGACUUCCAUGGAGGAGCUGCCAAAUGGAAACUGGCUCUAUCAGAUCCACUCCUACUUGGAGUAUACACCCACACCUGAGGAAAAAAUCUCAUGCAUGGUUGAGCAUGCAAGCCUCAGGAAGCCCAUGAUAUAUGACUGGGAACCAUCGCCUGACUCAGGGAGAGAUAAGAUUGCUGUUGGUGCAGCAGGGCUGCUGCUGGGUUUGGUGUUUUCAGUUGCUGGGCUCAUUUACUACAAGAAGAAAUCCAGUGGGCGAGUUGCGGUGUCAACAACCGAGGUUUUAUACCCCGAUGUCACACUUUGAGUCGGAGCAGCCUUUUGGAUUUCACUGAGAUUUUGGUUUCAAUGAUGUAAAACGUUGUGGUCAACUUGUCCUUAAACUGCCGUCUGAGCUUUUGACAGACGCACAGAGACUCACAUCAUCCACAUUUUCUCCCACUGUAAACUUGAUCCAAACUCUGCAUCACAUCAGCUGAGCUUCCACCAGCAAACAGCUGUGUGCUGUUUCCUGUCUGCUUUAUUUUGGAAAGAAGAAUUGACAAAGUAAAUGUAAUAUGAUGGGGUUUUUUUUUUUUUUUUUUAGCUUACUCUACCGCCCUCAAGUGGCCAAAAAUCAGUUAAUGCAGGUAAACCUUCAGCACAUGUUGAAAAUGGCAGCUGUAAAGCACUGCUGGGUGGAAACAGGAAAUGGGCAGUAAGGGCAUAACAUUUGGGGAUUGCAGAGAAAAUGUGUAAUUAUUCAAAUUCAUGUUUGUCUAAUCUGUGUAACAAACACAUAUGUCAUCCUAUCUUUCUAUCCCAGCUACCCUGGUGUGGAUGGUAAAUCAAUUUUCUGCAUUAAUGUCGUUUAACUACUGAUAAUAAAUAAAACACUUGCAUUUGCUUAAAAAUUCCAUCCAUGUGUGGUUGAGGACAUACAUUCACAGGCCAUUUCAUUAGGUACACCUAUUUAACUGCUCCCAUAACACAAAUAUUUAAUUAGCUAAUCACAUAGCAGCAUCUUAAUGCACUUAGGCAUGAAAACAUGGUUAAAUCAAAAGGGAGACAGGUGAUUUAACCAACUUAAAAAUUACAUGGAUGUUGGUGCCAGACUGGAGUGUUCCCAGAAGUACUGAUUCUUCCAGAGAGAAUGGUCUGAAAAAGAGAAAAUAUCCCAUCAGUGGCAGUUCUUUGAGUUUAAAUGUCUUGCUGAUGUCAGAGGUCAGAGCAGAAUGGCUUUGGGCUCAUAGGAAGGCCACAGUAACUAAAAUAACCACUCGUUACAACCAAAGUUUGCAAAAAAGAAAAGAAAAGAAAAAGCACUGCAGCAGCAGAAGACCACACCGAGUACCACACCUGACAGCUAAGAACAGGAACAGUUCUUACAGAAUCACAAGUGGACAAUAGAAGAUUGGAAAACUGCUGCCUGGUCUGAUGAGUUGAUUUCUGCUGCAACAGUCAGAUGGUAGAGGCAGAACGUGGUGUAAAAAACAUGAAAACCUGGAUUCACCCUACCUUGUAUUAACAGUUCAGCUUGCUGGUGGUGUAAUAAUGCAUAAAUAAAUUUUAUACAAAACCA